UAUCGCGGCACUAUUACAAUCGUUUUUGUUUUGGUGGAUGGAUGUGGAACUGCAGUGACGAGAGAGUGCCAUUCAACUUGAAGUCGCAGUGAACCACAGACCACUGUCCUUAUCUAUACUCAUCUGCCAUUUGGCAGUAUACAACUUGAAUCUCCAUGCGCCACAUGAACAAGAACUCUCGGAUAAAUAAGUCGCUCAUCCACGACUAGUCGAAGUCUCCAAACUGUCUUGCUCUCCGGCCAUGUCGUAUGCCGUGGAAGCAAAGAAGCGCAAGUUCGAUCGCAUUCUCGAGGCUCUGACCGACGGCGCUGCCUCCCCGUCUCGAACUUCCCUCAGCUCACGCAAUAAUGCAUCUUCAACUUCCUUAUCGCAGGAUGCCGCUUCAGACUCCUCCAAAAGACGCCGUAUAGGCGGCACAUCCAAAACUACCAUCACUACGUCCUCCUCGACCACAUCUCUUGCCGGCCACUACCUGCCCUCCAGUCGCACGGCCUUUCUCCAGCGGCUGGAAACGUUUCGACAUGUGACUCAGUGGCACAUCCCCUCCACCGAACCAAUUAAUGCUACAGCCUGGGCGAAACGGGGUUGGACAUGUGUGGAUACAGACACGGUGUAUUGUGGUGCAUGUAAAGAGCGGCUACAUGUGGAUUUGAAUAUGGAUAACAACCACUUGCAUUCAGAAAGCAAGGAUGAUGAAGAUGGUGGUCAGGUUAAGGGGGGAAAUGCAGAAGAUAACUUCGACAUGGCGUCAGAGGUAUACCGCAAUAUGGUCCGGCGAUAUCAGGACCUCCUGGUGACGGGGCACGCCGAAAGCUGUCUCUGGCGCAAGAGAGGGUGUGAUGCUUCCAUCCAACGCAUCGAGGGGCUCCUGAAUACAAACACCGCGCUUUUGGGAUUGAGAAGUCGCUACGAUAGCAUCAUGACCCGUCCAGAAGAAGUACCAGAAGUUGCCCCUCUGCCUACUACAUCUGGAAAUGAUACUGAAGAGUUGGAGAGAUAUCGGUUCGAUAGUCAAGGUCAACCUAACAUCAAUGCACUCCGUCUGGCAAUAUGUGGAUGGGUGCGAAAGAGUGAAGAUGUGAUCGAGUGCCGACACUGUUUCCGGUCAUUGGGCCUAUGGUUGUAUCGCGGAGAUGCACCUGCAAUGGAAAAACUCGACGGUGUGGAAGACCAUCUGGAAUACUGUCCGUGGCGGUCGGCCGAGGCCCAGGAUACCGAGCUUGUUGUGGGAAGUAGCCAUGAGAGCAACGAGGACAACGCAACGCCGAAAAAGGAGCGAGCAUCAGGUUGGAUGCUGGUGUACCAAGCGGUGGUCAAAGACAAUCUCAAGAGGAGGAGCGCAACCCCAGCGGUGCCAGCCACUCCAGCCACGCCACGCCAGUCUGUGGCUUUCUCGGAGUCCGAGACAAUUGUGAGCAGACAGGAGUCAUUGACACCGGAGCAACGAGAGAAGAAAAUGAGGGAUUUAUUGCGGCGAAUCAAGGAGAUUAAGAAGCCGUUCAACGUCAAGGGGCUAUUGACUAAACGGAAGGAGAAGGGCAAGGCUUGAUGCGUCCUUGCUCCUUGCACGUACAAAAUCAAUCCGUGUGUCGAUUGCUUCAAGGAUAAGGCCGGAUACUUGUCCUGAGCAUCGGAACCGUGGUCGGACAGACCAGACGGCAACAGGGGUCUGGCAGACGUUAAGGCUGGGCCGAGGUGGUAGAUGACAGCACAAUUGGCGAGGCCCGGGGCUGGCUCGGAAUAUUAUUAUUAUUAUCUGGGGCACGGUUUGCGGCCAGGAGACUCCACCACGAUUUGAUGAUCGUCUUUAGGCUUGAGGUCUACGCACUAGUAUUGGAGCCAGUGGGGAUGGCAUCCAACUCACACGUGGAAUAUCAGUUAUUCAGCACCGUACCAGUAGUGGACUGUGAAACGAAAUGAGGGCUAUGGAGGUGGACUAAUUACUGGGACCCCUGGAGGCCGAGCCUGGUGGGCUCAUACUGGUGGGACGUCCAGGCAUGGAGGAGCCUGGGGCCGCGGGCAAGGCUGAGGCACUCGUUGAGACUGCAACAAGGCCGAGCACAAUGACGAUACAACCAGCGAACAGGGUGCGGUACUAUAUACCUGUAGCGAGGCAGUGUAGCCUGCUGUGUCAGUACUUGUCGUGGAACGUCAGGCUGAACAACGGGCAAGAAUCCCUGGGUACCUACCUACCUACUCAACACCCACUAUCACAUUAUCACCGCAGCGUGAUAGCAGC